AUGUUGGACAAAUUUCGGAGUAAGUAUAUAGUCCACUUCUAUGGGGCUGUGUUCGUCCCAAAUAAGAUAUGUAUGGUCACCGAAUUAGCACAAUACAGAAGUUUGAAAGAUCUAAUAAACCAUAAAAAGACAAGUGAAAUUGAUGAGAAAAUGAAAUUAAAAAUGAUAUCAGAAGCUGCUAAAGGAAUUUUGUAUUUACAUGAAAAUGGGAUAUUACACAGAGACAUCAAGCCAGACAAUAUCUUGGUGAUUUCUCUGGACUUAAAUGAUAAAGUGAAUGCAAAGUUAACAGACUAUGGAAGUAGAAGAAACGACAUUUUAUUGAUGACAACAUGA